UGCUAUUCGUCCACAGAAGUAGACGAAGAAGAAGGAGAAAAAGAUGAUGAAAACAGGAGGCUUGUGGUGCUUCCGUAGAUUAAGCCUGCUCUUCUGAACAGAAUGCUGUUAAUUUUACAUUUUAUGGCUAACACAGAUUUUGCGAGCAUGUGGGAUCCUUCGCUUCCAAGAAUUUAGUUUCGUCCAGUUUAACCAACGAGCGAGUGAAUCUGGGAGCUGCACUUCUGCACACCUUUGAGUAGCAGUAUGAUGCAGGCAGGAGUCUGUCUGAGACAGAACACUGAGACAACACUACCAGAGCUCACUGAGCAGCACAGGACCAGACAGAAAGAAGCAGAAGCAGAAAGAAGUGGACUGGAGUCUGUACACAUGGCAGAGUCAGAGACAGAGUGUGCUGCACCAGGACUCAACACACUGGAGCCAGAGUGUGUUACAGCGCACUGUGGGGUCAGUGAUGUACAUCACACACACACAUCACUGAUUAAAACUGAAACUGAUCUGGGCUCCACCCACACUGGGGAUUUUAAUACAGCAAACCUUUACAGUACAGAGCUAGGACAUGUAACCCAUCUGCAUCCUGACCAAAUCAAAACAGAGACUGAUGAUGGAGGAUACCUUAAGGCAGAACACAUUGGUGACUUGCUGGAUAUUAAAUGUGUUAAAAUUAAAACUUAUGAAAUGAAGUGUGAAUCCAGUGAAAGUAUAGUGAGUAAUCUCAUGAAUACUGUGGUAAGUGAAGCUGCAGUUGAUCACAAAGACCAGAUUGAACCAUGGCAAUGUGCCGGAGAGUCAGAGCCCAACUGUAAAAAAGAAAUUAAUGAUGUGCCUACCAGAUAUGGGGAUGUAAAUCAUCACUGUGAAAUGAACGCUGAAAGUAGUCACACCAGAAUUGUCCAGAAGAUUACAAACAGUACCAACAAACAUAAUGAUUUCCAGGGAAUGGAUGUGAUAACUGAACACAUGAUAAAUAAUUCAAGUAAAAACCAAAGCCUUUUGAAUUUCCGUCAAAAAAAUAAAAUUUGUAGAAAUAAUGGUGCAACUAAUACAGGUCAAAAGCGUUACAAAUGUUCUCAGUGUGAGAAGUGCUUUAAUUCCAAAUCUGGUUUAAAAAAACACCUGACAAUUCAUACAGGUGAAAAGCCCUACAAAUGUUCUCAGUGUGGGAAGUGCUUUAAUUCCAAAUCUGGUUUAAAUAGACACCUGAGAAUUCAUACAGGUGAAAAGCCCUACAAAUGUUCUCAGUGUGGGAAGUGCUUUGCCACUAUAUCUAAUUUAAAUGCCCACCAGAGAAUUCAUACAGGUGAUGACUCCUACAAAUGUUCUCAGUGUGGGAAGUGCCUUUCCUCCAUUUAUACUUUAAAUAAGCACCAGAGAAUUCAUACAGGUGAAAAGCCCUACAAAUGUUCUCAGUGUGGGAAGUGCUUUAAUGACAACUCUUGUUUAAAUAGACACAUGAGAAUUCAUACAGGUGAAAAGCCCUACAAAUGUUCUCAGUGUGGGAAGUGUUUUUCCUCAACAUCUAAUUUAAAUGUCCAUCAGAGAAUUCAUACAAGUGACGAGCCCUACAAAUGUUCUCAUUGUGGGAAGUGCCUUUCCUCCAUUUAUACUUUAAAUAAGCACCAGAAAAUUCAUACAGGUGAAAAGCCCUACAAAUGUUCUCAGUGUGGGAAGUGCCUUUCCUCCAUAUAUACUUUAAAUAGCCACCUGAGAAUUCAUACAGGUGAAAAGCCCUACAAAUGUUCACAGUGUGGGAAGUGCUUUUCCACUGUAGUUACUUUAAAUAACCACCAGAGAAUUCAUACAGGUGACGAGCCCUACAAAUGUUCUCAGUGUGGGAAGUGCCUUUCCUCCAUUUACACUUUAAAUAGCCACCUGAGAAUUCAUACAGGUGAAAAGCCCUAUAAAUGUUCUCAGUGUGGGAAAUGCUUUUGCAGAAUAUAUAAUUUUAAUAUCCACCAGAGAAUUCAUACAGGUGAAAAGCCCUAUAAAUGUUCUCAGUGUGGGAAGUGCUUUUCCACCAUGUCUACGUUAAAUUGCCACCAGAAUAUUCAUACAGGUGAAAAGCCCUUCAAAUGUUCUCAGUGUGGGGAAUGUUUUUCCCAGCGAGGCACUCUGUAUCGCCACAAGAUGAUUCAUGAAGGCGAAAAAUCCUCCAAUUAGUGUGGGAAAGGGUUUGAUACAUAAUCUCAUUAAUUUCCAUCAGCAUGUUCAUGUGCAUGGAAAGCUCUACAUAUGUAUUCAGUGUGAGGUUUUACUGAGAAAUAUUUUACUGCAAAAUACCCUACUUCAUCCAGAUGAAUGUCCCUGAGUGUACAGAGAGCGAGAUGUGUUUUUAUAGAAAUAAAUAAUAAUUAUCCACCAGACAAUUCCUGCAGGUGAAUAGGCCUGUAUUCAGUGUGGGAAGAGGUUUUCACAAAUACAUGUUUUAAAUUUCCCCAAGAUUCAUACAGAAAAAGCCCAACAAAUAUCAACUAAAAAAUUGCAUUAAACACUAGAAUAUUCAUAAAGGUGAAAUGUCUUAGAGAUUUACACAGUGGGGGAUGUGUUAUUAAUGAAAUCAAUUUUAAAUUUCCACAAAUAAAUUUAUUCAAGGGAGAAUCCCUCCAUGUGUAUAUACUGUGGAAAGUGUUCUUUUCAAAGCCAGUCAUUAAAAUGACCGGCACAAAAUUCAUACAGAUGAAAAGCCCCAGAAGUGUCCCCAGAGUAGGAAGACAUUUUUUCCACAAAAUCUAAUUUCAUUUCAUUUAUUUGGGUGAAAAACCCUACCUACAUCAGUGUGUUUUCCAGGCAUAUCAUUUGUGCUGCCACCAAAGAAUCACUGCAGGUGUAAAGCUUUUCAUAUGGCCUUAGUUUUUCAAUAAAUAAUUUAUUUUUAAUGAUGACAAUAGAGCUCAUGCAGGUGAAAAGCUUGAGAAAUUCUAAUUGUGGGAAGUAUUUUAUGCAUGCAAACUUUGUGAUGUACUUUGUGUAGGGAGUGCUUCCAACACCUGAUAAAUUGUGCCGAAAUGCUUUUUAUUUUUCAUAAAUCAUCUGAAAAAAAAUGGCCUUUUAUAUGUACUCAGUGGAAGGUUUGUUAAUUUUCAUAAUUUAAAUUUAUAUAGAAUCUUCACCAAACAUACUUUAUCAUGACAGGCUGUAUGAGUCUGUUCAUUGCAGGAAGGUUUAACGUGACACAAGGAAAAAUAAUAAAUGUGAGAAGUUGUUUGCACAAUGGUUCAUUAUGUUUAUUUCAACACCAGAAAAUCCGAUCAUGUGAUUGUAACGCAUGUAGCUCUUUUACAGACUAAAGGAGAUUUUUCGACUGAGCCUUCUUAUUGGUGCUUAUUUCUAUGAUACUGAAUCCUCAAACAAAACUUUUCUAACAAGUUGUUAGGUGUAAAUUUGCACUUGUAAUACAUUUGUGAUAUUUUUUAUGUUAAUGUGCCCUGUCACAGGCAAACAUUUCCUAGUAGCAGUGAAUAGUUCUCCCAGUGGUUUUCCUUGCUGAUCAUACAUGAUUUGAAAAACAUGAGAAAACCGAGAUUCAUUUUUUCUUUAACAAGUGUGUGACCAUUUUAUUCUUUAGAAAAAUGUAAUUUUCCUUGAGGCUUGAAGGCUGAAAUUGUUUGAAAUUUACACCAGUGUAAUUGAAAGAAACAAAGUGAAAAGUGUUUGAAUAUGCCGUAGAUAGAAAUAUGGUAAUGUGCAUUGCUAAUACGUAUUCUAAAAAUGAUCUUGACAGUAUUGCACUUUUUGGUUAUUUUUCUGCCAAUGUAGAGGCUGUAGUGUGUAUGUUGGCUAAAGCUGACCAGUAGACUUCAGUCCAGACUCUCAUAUCAGUUAAGGAUAUGUUUCACUCCUGAAUUUUCAAUGCUGUAUAUGAAUUGUGUAUGAAAUUAAUUUACAUAUCCUGAAUCUCGUCCAGUGCACGCUGGGAUAGGCUCCAGCGCCCCCUGUGGCCAUGCCCAGGGUAAGCAGGUAUAGAUAAUGGAUGGAUGGAUUAAUUUAAAUGAAUAUACACAUACCAUGCUAUAUAAAUUUCUGUAUAAAUUGUAUCUGUAUCUGUAUGGGUCAUUGCUUCCUGCUUUACCACCCGUUCGUAAAUGUAGUUUAAUUCCUGCUGAACAUUCCUCCUAACACUAAGUGUGCAAUAAAUAAAUUUGACUCCCA